UAGAAACACUGAGAGCCUUAUCCGUUAAAAAUGUCUAUGUUGUUUUGUAAUAGGGGAAUGUUGUGUAAAGCUGCAUUGCUUGUAGCAGUAAGUUUUGUUAUGUUUUAUGGUGUCCAAACAACUGAUGUGCAGCAACAGAAUGUGAGGAAACAGGUUAUUGAUCCAACGAAAGCCGCCGCUUCUUUAUCACAGGCUGACAUGUUUCAGCUUUUCAUGAAUCUCGAAAAAAGAAUCAUUGACCUAGAAUCAAAGAGAUCACUAAUUCUAAGAGGUAGAGAUGGUCGUGAUGGGAGGGAUGGCGCUCCUGGACCAAUGGGCCCACAGGGUUCGAAAGGAGAGCCAGGAAACCAAGGCGUUAGAGGUCUACCUGGACCCAAGAGUGGUGGAGUACAGUACGUACGAUGGGGUAGAACCACCUGCCCUUACAAUGCUACUCUUCUUUACAAAGGGCGAAUUGGAGGUGAACACUAUUCACAUUCCGGGGGAGGUGCUAAUUACGUGUGUCUCCCUGAGACCCCCAAAUAUGGAAGGUAUAAAGAUGGUGUCCAAAAAGCGGGAUAUAUGUACGGUACAGAAUACCAUGUUACUUUCUAUAACCCUUUCACUACAAGCGAUCUUCAUGAUCACGACGUUCCUUGUGCUGUUUGUUAUGUUACGAGAAGAAGUACCAAGAUCAUGAUCCCUGCGACUAACGAGUGUCCCGCGGAAUGGACAAGAGAGUAUCAUGGAUACCUCAUGACUGCAUAUUACGACGAAUCACAUGCGUCCGAGUUUAUUUGUGUUGACAACGACGCAGAGGCUGCACCAGGAACAAGUGCCAACCUCAAUGGUGGCGUGUUGUAUCCCGUGGAAGGAAGGUGUGGUUCUCUGCCUUGUCAUCCAUAUGUUGACGGAAGAGAACUGACAUGCGCAGUGUGUACUAAAUAACGUUACGAUUUUAUCGAUGCUUGUGUUUCAUUUGCACGAAAAAACGCGAAGAAUGUUGUACUAUUAAUACUUGAGCUAUAUAUUAUGACUACAGGGGGACUGAAUUUCAAAUGUAUUUAGCAAAACGGCACUGUGAGCAUUAACUUAAAGUCUGUUCUUAAAACGAUAAAGUUUAAUCAUUUUUAAUCCUGACAAAUAAUGCGCUGUUAAAAAGAAAAUAUAAAGAUUAAAUAAAGAUGAUUUUUUUCAUUGUUUUAUUCGACAUAAACAGUAAUGCAAUCAUGUAACUUUUCACGGGAUGAAAUUUUCUUAAAACGUAUAACAUUGCGUUACGUUUGUUUUGAGUGCUUGAGCAUAAAGGGAUGCGCUAAUUGCCAUGGUUACCUGAUGCCUGAAAAUUAUGGCCACGAUCAUUCAAAGAAUCCAUUUGCGUUGAUGAGGGUGGAGAGGCUGUAACAGGAACUCAUAGCGACCUCGAUGAUGCCCUAUUGUAUCCUGUAGAAUGAAGUAGUGGUUCUCUACCAUGUCUUCCAUAUGUUGAAGGACGAGAACUGACAUGCGCAGUGUGUACUAGGUAAACCGUAUUAUACAUGAUUUGAUUGAAGUAUUUCUCACAUGAAUAAUAUCUAAUAAUAGCAUCAAUAAUUCUUAAUCUAGAUAAACUAAUCGAUCAUAUCGAUUAACCAGAUAUAAAUGAAAGCUAACGAUGUAACUUAGUCGUAAAGAAUCAUAUCAAAAUGAUUUAUCCUGAUUACUUU